AUGUCGAAGGCCAAAUCUAAGCACGCGACACUGUCGGGGUUGAUCGAUUCCGAUUCUGAAGACGACUUCAUCGCACGAGACGUGAUGCCCACUCCAGAUUUUGCGGCAGAGAACAAAACGGCCGCAAAGAAGGCACGGGGAAGACCAAAAGCCGCGCCGGCGAAGGUCACCAAACAAAAGGCUCCAGCGCGUCGCAUCAGCGGACGUCUAACUGCAAAGGCACCUGCAAGGGCCCCGAAGAGGGACAAGAGACAAGUAUUAGCAGACAGAACGAACCAACAAAAUGCUGAGGACACAGAAGAAGUGGACGAAUUCGCGCAAGAGGACGAGGUCAUGCAGAAUGCUGAAGUCGACAAUACGCCUGUUGCGACGAAGCAGAAGCCGAAGGCAACACAGAAGAAAGCGGCUAAGGGUCGACCCAAGACUGUGAAGGAAGUCUCUAGUACGAAUUACAGUAUAGAGGCAUCAGAAGCGCCCAAACCGGAACCAAAGAAGGCAGGAAGGAAGAGGGGACCCGCAAAGCAGGAGAUCGAGCCGGAACCGUCACCUGAAAAAGUCAUUCCUGAAACGCAAGCAUCCGUAAUGGAUAUUGAUGAUGAAGCCGAAGAAGAGAUUGAGCAGACGAUUACAAAAUCCGCUCCCAAUGUGCGAUCAGACUCUCGAGUUCGACAUCCUUCUGUUCAACGAAGACGGGCUGGGAGUGCAUCAGACACGGAAAGGGACAGAGGUGAUCCAAUUUUAAGACGGAAGCUUGGUGAGAUGACCAAGAAAUACGAAAGUUUGCACAUUAAGUAUCAAGACCUGAAGGAGAUCGGGUUGAAGGAAUCUGAACGUAAUUUUGAACGGCUGAGGAAGCAGACCGAUGAAAAGACAAAGAUCUCGAAUAAUCUGAUUGCUUCCCUUAAAGCCGAUCUAGAAGAGCAGAGUGUCUUCGGAAAGGACUCCAAGGGGCUGAAGAAGAAGGUUGAUAUUCAGUCAGAUGAGAUAGCUUCUCUUAAGACUCAGAUCGCCCAAUUGAACACCUCUGUAGCGGAAAUAAAACUGGAGGGCAAGACUUUAUUGGCAGAGAAGAAAACACUCACGACCGAAAACAAGAAUUUGUCAUCGGAGAAUAAAAAGCUUUUGACAGAAAAUUCUAAGUUGUCUACAGAUGUCAAGUCAAUGGCCGCUGAAAACAAGACGUUGUCCGCCAAAUUAGCAGCCAAUCGUACUGCAGCUGCGUCUGUUGAGAGUGCAAACUCGAGGGUUCCUGGAAGUGCCGUGAAGCCCAAUGGAGGUAUUCGAUUGAUGGGCACUGUGGAGGCCGCUCAAGUAGCACAGGCAGCUCAAUUGAAAGAAGAUCUGUAUAGUGAUCUUACAGGAUUGAUCAUCCGAGGGGUCAAGCGAGAGACCGAGGAGGAUAUAUUUGAUUGUAUUCAAACUGGACGUAAUGGUAGUCCAGCUCUUCAUUUUAAACUGGCAGCGGCCAAUGAGAAGACAGCAGAUAGCUACGAAGAUGCGCAAUGCAACUAUAUCCCACAGCUCGACCCAAGCAGAGAUAAGGACCUAAUGGAUCUUCUUCCUGAUUAUUUGGUAGACGAGAUUACAUUCCCGAGGCCACAGGCUGCGAAGUUCUAUGCACGGGUUGGAAAGGCUUUGACAGAAAAGGCUUCUUGA